CAGGAUUGCAGCUUCAACAAAUUGAAGUCCGAUACAGCUCUUAAAGUCUCAUACCAGGGAAAUGUGAGAAUGCAUAGUGAUCAGAAGUGUAUUCGAUUGUACUUCAAAUUCAAUGGAAAUGAAUGCAGUGGACCAAUGACGAUCGAGGCUGGUGUGUACAGUGACUGGGCUGGGGGUAUCCCAAACCUUCAUCACCAUCGGUCAUUUGACGGCUACUGCGAAAACAUUUCCAAAGGAACGGUUCGGGUGGAAUUAUGGGUAGGCCAGUGUAGUAGCUAUAGUUUGGGCAAUGCUUACACCGGUUGGAUUUUCGUGUCCCGUAUAAUGAUUGAAGAAGUAUCCAGGCCGCAGUCCUAG